UUGUCAUUUGUGUAUUUUAGAAGAAGAAUUUACAAGAAAUCUACAAUGGAUUUGAAGCAAUAAUUAAGAAAUUAGAAACAGUGAUCAAUCACGAAAGGCAGGGCCUUCGUGAAGAGAACAGUGACCGUAAUAUUUUUUUAUUAUUUCAUAAUAGUUGGCCGAAAGUCAAGACCGCGUUCGAAUUUUCCGCCAUUGACAAAUUAUACCUCAUUUCCAAUUGCGUGCACAUCCAUAGUGAUGCGCACACAUAAUACAAAGCGCGAACUUGAGGCGGUGUCACAACCCGCAGCCGGUAUAUAUACCCCGCCGGAGACAAAGGGAGCAUAGUCGCUCAUCUCUUCACUCCACAACUCCAACUCACCAACAAAAAUGGCCUUUAAGUUCGUCAUCCUCGCAUGCUUGAUUGCCGUGGCUCGUGCCGGCGUAGUACCAGCGGCGGUGGCUGCUCCUCUCGUGGCCGCCGCACCCGUUGCCGCUCGCCUGGAAGAGUUCGACCCUCUCCCCCAGUACAACUUCGGCUACAACGUAGCUGACUCCCUCACCGGUGACUACAAGAGCCAGAAUGAGCAGCGCAACGGAGACCUGGUGCAGGGCCAGUACUCCCUGGUGGAUCCUGACGGUACUCGCCGCGUUGUGGACUACACCGCUGACUCUGUGAACGGUUUCAACGCUGUGGUCCGCAAGGAGCCCCUAGUGGCUGCGGCGCCUGCUGUGGUCGCUGAGCCCGCCGUCGUACCUGCUCGCUAUGCCGCUGCCCCCGUCGCCGCUGCACCCGUAGUAGCUGCUAGAUACACAGCUCCAGUAGCCUACCCAGCGGCGGCGUACACCGCUCCCGUCGCUAGAUUCGCCGCAUACACGUCACCAGUGGCUGCUGCGUACGCACCCUACGCCCAGUAUGCUUACCCCGCCGCUGCGCCAGUUGUAGCUGUUUAAACAUCUUUCUACGUGAUCCCAUACUGACAACUAAGGCCAAAUAAAUUUUUGAUACCCUAAA